GGGAAGGAGAAGAGGAGACACUGGAGAUGGCGGGGCUGGGUCCCCGAGACCAGUCAAGGUUUUGAAGUUAGAGAGACCUAAUCCCGGUGUGUCCUUCCGUCUUAGAGCUGGAGAAAAGUGUAACUGUGAGCUGAGAUAACGUGCUAGGAGAUUUACAUAACAGGAAGAGGGCAAGUUCAGGGAAAAGGAGAAAGAAGAAAAGAACUGGAUUCCCUUGAUCUCUAACCGAGUCUUUUGGGAACUGAGAUUCAUCAGGAAGAAAUCCUUUAUGUCCAGAGCAGCUUUCCAUUGGGAAUCAUACGCUUAGAGGUUGGAGUAACAAGAGGGAAAUGCGCCUAAUGAGCAGAUACAGGGAGGUGUAAAUACCUCUGGUCUCCUGUCAGCCUGUGCGACCUUGGGCAGGAAGGCGAGUGGGUUUGGUCUGUUUGUUCUGAGUCCUAAUUCUGGCUGGGAAUGAUGCUUCACUCCCCCCUGCUGUCUCCGCUGAGGACAGAGCCUUAGUCCCUGUUACCUGCUGUCCUGGGAAGAAUUCAGUUUCACACGGAGACCUUCCUGUCAGACACCCAGCCAGAAGCCACCUCCACCACAUGGAACCAAGUAAUGAAACACAAAUUUCAAAGUUUCUUCUUCUGGGGUUUUCAGAGGAACCAGGACUGCAGCCCCUCAUAUUUGGGUUUUUCCUCUCCAUGUACCUGAUCACUGUGUUUGGGAACCUGCUCAUCAUCUUGGCCAUCAGCACAGACCCCAACCUCCACACGCCCAUGUACUUCUUCCUGGCCAACCUGUCCUUUGUAGACAUCUGCUUCACCUCCACCACCGUCCCGAAGAUGCUGGUGAACAUCCGGACUCAGAGCAAAGUCAUAACCUAUGAGGAUUGCAUCACACAGAUUUAUUUUUUCAUACUCUUUGGUGUGUUGGACGUCUUUCUGCUGAGUGUGAUGGCCUAUGACCGGUUUGUGGCCAUCUGUCACCCCCUGCACUACACGAUCAUCAUGAACCCCCAGCUCUGUGGACUCCUGGUUCUGGUGUCCUGGAUCAUGAGUGUUCUGUAUUCCUUGUUACAAACCUUAAUGGCAUUUCGGCUGUCCUUCUGUACAGAGGUGGAAAUCCCCCACUUUUUCUGCGAACUCAAUCAGAUGCUCCAACUUGCCUGCUCUGACACCUUUCUUAAUAACGUGGUGAUGUAUCUUGCAGCUGUCCUGCUGGGUGGUGGUCCUUUUGCUGGGAUCCUUUACUCUUAUUCCAAGAUAGUUUCCUCUAUACGUGGGAUUGCAUCAGCUAAGGGCAAGUAUAAAACGUUUUCCACCUGUGCGUCUCACCUGUCGGUCGUGUGUUUAUUUUACUGUACGAUGCUCGGCGUGUACCUGAGCUCUGCUGCUACCCAGAGCUCACGGUCAAGUGCCACAGCCUCGGUGAUGUACACGGUGGUCACGCCCAUGCUGAACCCCUUCAUCUACAGCUUGAGGAACAAAGACAUGAAAAGGGCUCUGAAAGCAUUCUUUGGGAAGGAGACCCUUACAUGGCCAAUCGUCAUAAGAUUGAAGAAGUGCCUAUGAUUGCAGGGGUCAAAGCCUCUGUGUCAGAGACUGUGGUCUUUAUUCAGACUGUAGAUGUAGUAUUCCUCUUUCCGUUUAUUUCCUUGUCCUCAACUUCCAUAUGCCAUGUAUGUAACUCACUCUAUGAAGCUCUGCUCUCUCUGAUAUCCUACAAUUUUUUCCCUUGUAUUUCCCACUUUCUGAAUUUUAUUUCCAACCACGGAUGUGAAAUAUUUGGAAAUGUUCAUUUACCUUGAGGCAA